AUGAAUAUCUCGUCAAUUCUAUCGGACGACAAACCCGACACCGUGUCGACGAACACCCCUGGUUCUCCUAAUGGUCAACCUGCAACUAAUGGAUACCAACAGGCCCGAAAUAUGAACGGAAUGGUCCAUGGUGAUGGUUCUAUUGGUGUUCCCAAUGGUCAAAAUGAUCAACAUUUACCUCUAGUUGGUGAACAAAUUGAACUGCCUCAUAAUCCCAUCGCCGACGACAAAGCAUACCUCGGAACCAUACAAGACCGGCUCUCUCGUCUCAGCAACAUCGAUUCCAGCAUUAUCCAUCGCAGCCAUGGUGCCGUGCUCUCUCAAGAUCACCGCCUUGCCACAGCUUUACGGGACGCCCGACCCCAGUCGUUGGCGGAAAAUUAUCUAGACCGGGUGGUGGCCGAAGAUGGCGUUGUGGCUGGCGCUGGAAAUCAUCCUACCGUGCUUGAAGGUGCACCCAGUAACCACCAUGAGUCUUGGGGUCCCACCAGAGAACCUUCUCAUGAAUACAUUUCUCCAGAACAGGUGGAUGCUCGUUUCGACGGCGCCUUCCACCUGAGGAAACCGGGAAAUUUCCAUUGA